AUGGCUGUUUGCAUAGCACCCAAGUGUGGCAGGCCAAGCUUCGAUGGGCAACCUGGGAGCUUCUGCUCCAAAACAUGCCGGGACAGUCAGAAGCCAGUAUCCGUCACGACGCUCCUAGGCCGUCUCGUCCAGGGCGCUCCGGCAAACAGCUGCCAAGCUCCGAACUGCAACAGGCCAACAUACGACGGCAAACCUGGCUACUGCAGCAAGCGCUGCAAAAGCAGCCAGAUCAGUGCACGUCCGCAGGUGGCCGCGACCGCGGUGUGCAGCACGCCUGGAUGCCAAAGGUCCACCUUUGAUGGACAGCCGGGCUUCUGCACUAAAUCCUGCCGCAACAGUCUGAAGUCAUCUCUACAGGCCGCUGCACGAAACCCGGAGGUGGACGGGGAAGAUGCAGACGACGAGUCGGUACCGCAUGGCAUGGCACAACAUCGGAUGCGGCAGACUUCAUCGCUGAGGAGGGGUUUCUCGUCAGCUCCGCCGACCACUGCCUCGGCUCAGGGGUCUAUGUGA